AGCAGAGACAGCGCUCCGGUAAUCUCCCGGUAAUAAAUGGGGGGAAACGGGCACGUUCGGAACCGCCGGUACAGAGUGACACCGGAGGCCCCCUGAGACUCCUGAGAUCUGACUCCUGCAUUUGAAGCAUGAUGGGUCGCCUCGUGACGCCGCAGCAAACCGACGCGCCCCGGACAGGUAAACGCAGCAGCAGCAGCCUCACCUGCGAAGCCACAGCGGAGAACAGCGGAGCUCCUCAGCGGACACUUUGCUGACUAACCCCAACAGACACCGGGACCGACCGACAGACACCUCAGUGUACUUUUCACCAUGGAGGAGAGCCGGGCAGAGUAACUUAACGGCAGCCUAUCCGCGACCAGACUGUCAGGGAGGAGAGCGAUCUUCACAAUGACCCGUUAAAUUCCUGCCGCCGAUGUUUUCUUUGGAGAGUGGAUUGACCAUCUCCUAACAGCAGAGGAGACGAGCAGAGAGGCCUUUUAUUCCUUUAUUUCAGUCUUCAGAUGGACCGAGUGCCCCCGGCACUGGCCGCUAAGAUGCGCUGGAUCACGCUGAUGCUUGCCGGCUUGACUUUCUGGGGCAAAGUGACUAUUUGUAACUGUUUCGACUACGAGGAGCCAGACUAUGAUUAUUAUGAAGAGGAGAGAGCGGAGACAAUUGACUACAAAGACCCGUGCAAAGCUGCUGCAUUCUGGGGCGACAUCGCUUUAGACGAGGAGGACCUGCGCAUGUUCCAGAUUGACAGGACGAUAGACCUCACACAGCACACACACAUGCACACACACUCCCGGCAGGGCCAUACGUCUGGUGGCCUGGAGGAACAUGAAAUUUCUAAGAAGAGAGGAUCGUUAUAUCUAUUGCUGGAGAGAAUACGCAGGUUUGGCUUCGACUAUCUCCCAAAGAACUCCAGCAAAGGAGUUGCCAAUCCCAGGAGCCAAACUGGUAAAGGUGGGAAGACUGGAAACGUAGUGAAAAGCCGUAUUCCUCGAGCAGCCACAUCCCGAGCUGAGAGGAUAUGGCCUGGAGGAGUCAUUCCCUACGUCAUUGGAGGAAACUUCACUGGUAGUCAGAGGGCCAUGUUCAAGCAGGCCAUGCGUCAUUGGGAAAAACAGACGUGCGUAACUUUCAUUGAGAAGACAGAUGAGGAAAGCUACAUUGUGUUCACCUAUAGACCCUGCGGGUGUUGUUCCUAUGUGGGUCGUCGUGGCAACGGGCCCCAGGCCAUCUCCAUAGGGAAGAACUGUGACAAGUUUGGCAUCGUGGUGCACGAACUGGGCCACGUCAUUGGCUUCUGGCACGAGCACACGCGGCCUGACCGUGACGAUCACGUGACCAUCAUCCGCGAUAACAUCCAACCAGGCCAGGAGUAUAACUUUCUCAAGAUGGAGCCAGGUGAGGUCAACUCUCUCGGGGAGCCGUAUGAUUUUGAUAGUAUCAUGCACUACGCCAGGAACACCUUCUCACGGGGGAUGUUCCUUGACACCAUUCUUCCAUCCAGAGAUGAAAACGGGGUCCGGCCUGCUAUUGGCCAGCGCACCAGGCUCAGUAAAGGAGACAUUGCACAGGCAAGGAAGCUGUAUAGAUGUCCAGCAUGUGGAGAGACACUCCAAGAUUCAACGGGCAACUUCUCAUCUCCUGGUUACCCCAACGGAUACCCCUCAUACACGCACUGUGUCUGGAGAAUAUCAGUUACACCUGGAGAAAAGAUUGUUCUUAACUUCACCACCAUGGAUCUGUAUAAAAGCAGUUUGUGUUGGUACGACUACAUUGAGGUUCGGGAUGGGUACUGGAGGAAAGCUCCACUGCUCGGCAGGUUUUGUGGAGAUAAAGUUCCUGACGUGUUGAUCUCCACUGACAGCAGAAUGUGGAUUGAGUUCCGCAGCAGCAGCAACUGGGUGGGAAAAGGCUUCGCCGCCAUUUAUGAAGCAAUCUGUGGAGGGGAAAUCACCAAAGACUCAGGACAGAUUCAGUCUCCCAACUAUCCUGAUGACUACAGACCCUCUAAAGAGUGUGUGUGGAGGAUCACUGUGUCUGAAGGAUACAACGUCGGGCUCAGCUUCCAGGCCUUCGAGAUUGAGAGGCACGACAGCUGUGCCUACGACUACCUGGAGGUCCGAGAUGGCCCCCUGGAGACGAGCCCUUUGAUUGGUCGAUUCUGUGGCUACGACAAACCUGAGGAUGUGCGCUCCACCUCACACACGCUGUGGAUGAAGUUUGUCUCAGACGGCACAGUCAACAAGGCCGGCUUUGCUGCUAACUUCUUCAAAGAGGAGGAUGAGUGUGCCAAGCCAGACAAUGGUGGAUGUGAACAGAGGUGUGUAAACACUCUCGGCAGCUUCAAGUGUGCCUGUGACCCGGGCUAUGAACUAGCUCCAGACAAGAAGAGCUGUGAAGCGGCAUGCGGCGGUCUCCUCUCCAAGUUGAACGGGACCAUCAGCACUCCCGGUUGGCCUAAAGAGUAUCCGCCCAACAAGAACUGUGUUUGGCAGGUGGUCGCUCCCACUCAGUACCGCAUCUCCAUGCAGUUUGAGGCCUUUGAGCUGGAGGGGAAUGAGGUGUGUAAAUAUGACUACGUGGAGGUGCGCAGUGGCCUUUCAUCAGACUCUAAGUUGCAUGGUAAAUACUGUGGCACCGAGGUCCCUGAAGUCAUCACCUCUCAAUAUAACAACAUGAGGAUUGAGUUCAAGUCUGAUAAUACCGUCUCCAAGAAAGGCUUCAAGGCUCACUUCUUCUCAGACAAAGAUGAGUGCAGCAAGGACAACGGUGGCUGCCAGCACGAGUGCAUCAACACAGUGGGCUCGUACGUUUGUCAGUGUCGCCAUGGCUUUGUACUGCAUGAGAACAAACAUGACUGUAAGGAAGCUGAGUGUGAGCAUAAGAUCCACAGCCCCAGUGGGACGCUGAGCAGCCCUAACUGGCCAGACAAGUAUCCCAGCCGUAAGGAGUGCACCUGGGACAUCACAGCCACGCCGGGGCACCGAGUCAAGAUAGCCUUCAAUGAGUUUGAGAUCGAGCAGCAUCAGGAAUGUGCAUAUGACCACCUCGAGGCCUUUGACGGGGACAGUGACACGGCAGCCAUCUUGGGUCGACUGUGUGGCAGCAAGAUCCCGGAGCAGCUGGUCUCCACCGGCAACAAGAUGUACCUCCGCUUCAUUUCUGACGCCUCAGUACAAAGAAAGGGCUUCCAAGCUACACACUCCACAGAAUGUGGAGGUCGUCUAAAGGCAGAAGUUCGUCAGAAGAACCUCUACUCUCACGCCCAGUUUGGAGACAAUAAUUACCCAGGUCACACUGACUGUGAGUGGCUGCUGACAGCCGAGCAGGGUUAUGGCAUCGAGCUGACCUUCAUUACCUUUGAGGUAGAGGAGGAAGCUGACUGUGGUUAUGACUACAUCGAGCUGUACAAUGGGUACGAUGCCAACUCACAUCGACUCGGUCGCUUCUGCGGUUCAGGGCCCAGGGAAGGGAUCUACUCGCCCGGAAGCACGAUGCUGAUCCGUUUCCAUAGCGACGACACAAUCAGCAAGAAGGGCUUCCACAUCCGCUACACGAGCACCAAGUUCCAGGAGAGCCUUCACACCAGGAAAUGACCUCACACGCAGCCCGCAACCUCUGACCUCUGUGCAGCCCCCCGCCACUGUCACCCUGACCUUCACCAUGGCAACGAGAAAAGUACAGCCUGUCCCCUCUUCUCGGACCCGACAGACAGAUGCGGACAUUUGUGGACGUUCGCCAGCCGCGGGGGGAAGUCAACACUUGACGUGAACAUUAGUCUCCCUCCGUGGCUCCACACAGGUCAGCGCACUCUGAGAUGAGACAGGAAAAACACUGAGAUAUCAAUACGUGCUUCAGCAAACGUGGAGAAUCAUGCCGACGACUGAGCGAGCCAUCUCUGUGGAGGAGAUGGAUUUCAUUACUGCACAUCCAGCUACCCUCAGUGUGGAUACUCACGGUGGCAAAACAAAAGAGUACAAACACACACACCGGUAAACACACCAGACUCAUAUUCAGAACUAUAAACUAUGGAUGCUUGAGGAACUGAAGAGCUUCUACCUAAAAAGAAAAAUGCAUCCACCCGGGGAGUUCAGAGUCUCCUCUGACUCCUUGGACUGUGCGACUUACUGUGAUCAGACGGCUGCUCAUAUCCACAGUAACUGAGAGGAAACUCUGAGUAGACAUUUUUAUUGCCUUUGAUGCCUGGGAACUGCAACCCAGCUCAGAACGGCUGCAGAUGAUUUUAUUUCAUGUCUUAUUGUAAAACCCGUUGUGUUUACUGUAUCUGUGUCUGUGUGUACAGAGAAAAAAAAAGAACAAACAAAAGGCUGAAGUCCGUCAUUUGCCCUUUUUGCUUAAAGCUUAUGCAGACAACCAUCGUGGAAUGGGGAGAAAAAAAAACAUGAAAAUGGAGAAUUUCCAAAUGAUCUGUGAUGUUAAUGUUAAGCCUUGCAUUAUGUUGUGUGUGUGUCCAUGCUGUUUCUUGAGUUUGCACCAUCUUGUAACAAACUUUCGUGGAUGUUUCCAGUUUCCACCUCAGCCCCGCUCCCAAAAAAGUGGAUAUUGGAAGGGAAUAUUUUCACAGCUGUCUCUCGGAGUGACACGAUUCUGAUUGAAGGAGAGAUUCCCAUGGUGCUAACACAUAAGAAUACACUGAAUGACAGGCGACUGUGGUUGGAAAUAGGAGACACAGUCGGCGUGCGAACAGCACACUGCAUCAACAGCACUAGUCCUGUGGAACUACAAUAUUGCCUUAGAACCAAAAUGUAUGCUAUCGAUGCUCUUGUGUCAGCGGAGUGUUUUCAAGGUUUUUUGGCAGCAUAUUUUAUUUGUGUGGAGACCUUGAAUGGUUUUAUUGUUUUAAAAAAAAAAACACAACAAAAAACAUGGGAAAUGUAGUCUGUGUGUGAGAUAGGGUGUCAAUGGUGCAUGUGUGUUUGUGUGUCAUUUUUGUAGCUGCUCUCAGAGAUACAUGAACACAAGCUUACACAUCCACAGAUACACAAAAACUCAUUUGUGUGCGUUUUCCCAGACAUAUCUGAACACACACUUCCUCUUCUGUAUAUCUGGAGUGUGGAGAGCAAAGUGCUGCGAAGGUGGAGGACAUAUGCAGUUUAUUGUGUUAAAUGCAAAUGUGUAAGUGUGUGUUAUAGGAGAUUAUAGAGAAAUAAUGUGUGUGUGUGUGUGUCUGUAAACUGUAUGUUUCUGAGUUGAAUCAUUCAUUGCUGUACGUGCCAAGCUCCAGGUGACCCUGAUCCGCUGUAGUUUUUGUUUUAUCACUCCACCUCUUGUGUCUGUAGUUCAGAGACACUGACAUGACGUCCUCUGCAUCAGUCAUUAAAAUACACACAGCUAAAAACUACACGCAUCUGUGUGUCAUGGGUUGUUGCUGUGUGUUAUAAAUUAAUUUAUGUUUUACAUUUUUUGACCUGUUUAGACGAGACUAUAGUGCCAAAUAUUGACACAUAAAUCAAAUCCUGGGGCCGGUUCUACAAGACAAAAGUAAAGAUUUUCCUUGUCCAUGUUAAGACUUUCUUAAUAUAAAAUCAGUUGCACAAAACACAUCUUCUCCUUCAGGUUUCCUAAAAAUGUUCAUUUAUGUAUUGAAGAUUUUCUCCCUAUCUUGGUCUUUAAGGAUCCCCGAAAGUUUAGGUUUCACAAGCUGAGUACAAGCAAACAAAUGGUUAUCAUGUAAACUAGGAAGGAAACUAAGGGAUUCUGUGAAACACCCUUAAGUGAGUCCUUCAGCUUAGGAAAAAUGAAGUCUUAAGUGCCAUACUUAAAGAGAAAACUUAAGUUGUUUUGUGCAACUUGCUCCUGGUCUUCUUCUUUUACAUAACGAUUAUAUACUUAUAAAUCCAUUUGAUGGAGUUCAACGUCUCAGAUUAGGUCUGUUGUAAUAUGGUACUCAUAAUCUCUGGCAAAGGUGCAGUAAAUGAAGCCACCCUUAAAAAAAACUUAAACCUAUUUGGGUGUUUUUGUCAGACUGUUUCCUCUCAGCAGUUGUGUCUAUCCCUUUAAGGCUCACUGACUUUACCUCAACAGCGAAGUUUUGUGUUUCUAUGGAGUCUAGAGUGUGCACUCUGUGGGUGUGAACCCUUACAGAGUUGUUAAGGUCACAUGUGAGUCGUUGGCCAUCUUGUGUGCUGUUAGGGUUAGAUGGGAACAGGUGUGAAUGGGUGUUAAGUCAUCAAGGGAGGGGUCCCAAGACUGCAGUAUAUGUGGGUGUUAAGUGGUGUCGUAGGCCACCUCCCCUGUUUAACGAUGGUCGUUCCAGUUUGGUUAAUCGAGGAAUGGAAACAUAAUUUCAGGUCACGAUGCAAUAUUAUUGCGAUUUCAAAUAUGUUGCUAUAUGCCAAGUAUUGCGAUAAAAUAAAUUAUGAUAUAGUGCUAUUCGUUACCUUUUUCAACUGUAAAUUAUGUCCCCAAAGGAAAGCUUUGUCGACAUAUAUAUACAGAAGAUAAAGUUUUCAGUCUGUUUGUCUCACUUCAGCCAUUUUUUUUUGUGCAGCAGAAAAAUGUAUCCAGUGGGCUGAAAAAGCAAUUUAUCAUAUUAUUCUAGUAGACUACCUAAAGUUUAAUUUGUAUU